AUUAGAGAGUUCCAUUGCCAGGCAAGAAAGUGGUGAUUAGCCAACAGUGGAUAGCAAAAGCUUCUAGAAUGAUCAUAGUGGGUCAUCCUGUGGAGGGCAACCAAAUGACUGAAGAGUUUCCAAAGUCCUUUCACAUUGAUUAUGUCAUGAGAUCCACACAGUAACAGGGACUCAAAGUUGUAGGAUCAUCAUACCUAUUAUAUAGAUGAGGAAACCGAGCUUCAUAAAAGACACAACUCUUGUCCUUAACAUCACCCAGACAAUAAAGGUCAGAGCAGGACCCUUGACCAACUUUUUUGAUUCUAGACAUCACAUCUUCUUCUCUUCCAUGCGGCCUUUCUCUAAAGAAAAAGUGGCUUGUAUAGGAUGAGACCCAGAGCAGAUAUUCUUCUCUUUAGAGAAGAACCAGUGUGGCAGAGGGAUGAGGAGCCCAAAUAACAGAUCUCGAGAAACCUGCUUCAGUGUCCCAAGGCCCACUAUGCCCAUGAACCUGAUGAGCACAGACCUGUUGGCGAUGGAGCCCUGCUAGCAGAUGUGCACACCUGGAGGCCCCCCUCUGACAGCCAUACUACCUCUUGUAAACUUCCUGCUGGUCCAGUCCAGGUGACGGGAGAGUGGUACAGGAGGUCACUUGAUGGUGGGGGAAGAAAGAUUCAAAUUGGAAGACCGAGGCCCAGAAAGCUCACCUAACUUAUCCGUAAGGGCCGAGAGCCAGAAUUCAAAGCAGAACCUGUCGGAUUGCUGAGUUGACGGGCUUCACUUUCCUACUGUCCGGUAUCCCAACUCCGCCUCCUCCUGGAUUGAGGAGUCCCAGACGGGCUCCUUUAACCACAUUCCCUAACCUGCCAGCACCUGAAAGGAGAAGAUAUGGGGGCUCCUCUACCUAAGGCAGAAGGACCCUGGGUCCAACUCCAGAAACUUCUGGCCUCCUGGCUGGUCAGAGAGCAAGACUGGGAUCAGCACGUGGAUGAGGCCCACAUGCUGCAACAGAAGAGGAUCCAAGAGUCUCCACUGCUUCAGGCAGCCAAGGAAAAUGACCUGUGUGUCCUGAAGAAGCUUCUGCUGGACCGGAACUGUGACUUCCGACAGAGAGGAGCUUUGGGGGAGACGGCCCUGCACAUAGCGGCCCUCUACGACAACCUGGAGGCCGCCAUGGUGCUGAUGGAGGCCGCCCCGGAGCUGGUCAAGGAGCCCACCCUGUGUGAGCCUUUUGUAGGUCAGACUGCACUGCACAUAGCCAUCGUGAACCAGAACGUGAACCUGGUGCGCGCCCUGCUUGCCCGCGGGGCCAGCGUCUCUGCCAGAGCCACGGGCACCGCUUUCCGCCGCAGCCCCCGCAACCUCAUCUACUUUGGCGAGCACCCCCUGUCCUUCGCCGCCUGCGUGGGCAGUGAGGAGAUCGUGAGGCUGCUCAUCGAGCACGGAGCUGACAUCCGGGCCCAGGACUCCCUGGGAAACACCGUGCUGCACAUCCUCAUCCUCCAGCCCAACAAGACCUUCGCCUGCCAGAUGUACAACCUGCUGCUGUCCUAUGAUGGGCGCAGGGACCACCUGCAGUCCCUGGACCUCGUGCCCAACCACCAGGGCCUCACCCCCUUCAAGCUGGCCGGCGUGGAGGGCAACACCGUGAUGUUCCAGCACCUGAUGCAGAAGCGGAAGCACAUCCAGUGGACGUACGGGCCGCUGACCUCCACUCUCUACGACCUCACGGAGAUCGACUCCUGGGGAGAGGAUGUGUCCUUUCUAGAGCUGGUGGUUUCCUCCAAGAAACGAGAGGCUCGCCAGAUCCUGGAACAGACCCCAGUGAAGCAACUGGUUAGCUUCAAGUGGAGGAAAUAUGGGCAGCGGUACUUCUACAUUCUGGGUGCCUUGUACACGCUCUAUAUGAUCUGCUUCACCACGUGCUGCAUCUACCGCCCCCUCAAGUUCCGCAUGGGCAACCGCACAGACCCCCGGGAUAACACCGUCCUCCAGCAGAAACUACUGCAGGAAGCCUAUGUGACUCAGCAGGAUAAAAUCCGUCUAGUGGGGGAAUUGGUAACCAUCACCGGGGCUGUGAUCAUCCUGCUCCUAGAGAUCCCAGACAUCUUUAGGGUUGGUGCUUCUCGCUAUUUUGGACAGACUAUCCUCGGGGGACCAUUCCAUGUCAUCAUCAUCAUCUAUGCCUGCAUGGUGCUAGUGACCAUGGUGAUGCGGCUCUCCAACAUGAACGGGGAGAUGGUGCCCAUGUCCAUUGCCCUGGUGCUGGGCUGGUGCAGUGUUAUGUACUUCGCUCGAGGAUUCCAGAUGCUUGGUCCUUUCAGCAUCAUGAUCCAGAAGAUGAUUUUUGGAGACCUCAUGCGUUUUUGCUGGCUGAUGGCUGUGGUUAUUCUGGGAUUUGCCUCAGCGUUCUAUGUCAUUUUCCAGACAGAGGACCCAGCCAAUCUGGGGCAAUUCUAUGACUAUCCUAUGGCACUGUUCAGCACCUUUGAGCUUUUCCUCACCGUCAUUGAUGGGCCUGCCAACUACGAAGUGAACUUGCCCUUCAUGUUUGGCAUUGUCUACUUUGCCUUCACCAUCAUCGCCACACUGCUUAUGCUCAACCUAUUCAUCGCCAUGAUGGGUGACACACACUGGCGGGUGGCCCAUGAGCGGGACGAGCUCUGGAGGGCCCAGGUGGUGGCCACCACGGUGAUGCUGGAGCGGAAGCUGCCUCGCUGCCUGUGGCCUCGCUCUGGGAUCUGCGGGUGCCAGUAUGGGCUGGGGGACCGCUGGUUCCUGCGAGUCGAGAACCACCAUGAUCAAAAUCCUUUGCGAGUGCUUCGCUACGUGGAAGCUUUCAAGGGUUCAGACAAGGAGGAUGGACAAGAGCAGCUUUCUGAUAAACAGCCCUCUGUUUCUGUGACUGAAAGUGGGACCCUAGCCAGAGCCUCUCUGGCCCCCCCCACCCCUUCCCUGUCCCGGACCACAUCCCACAGCAGCAGCCACCGGGGCUGGGAGAUCCUUCGUCGCAAUACCCUGGGACAUGUGAAUCUCGGGCUGGACCUUGGCGAGGGGGAUGGAGAGGACAAUAUCUAUCAUUUAUGAUGAGGACCCGUGUUACUGUUGGCCUGGCAAACAGCAUUUCUGGAGAUGGGCAGUGGGCAUCUGUUGCCCCACAUAUCUCCCUGGUUCCUGGAAGUCCCACAUCUUGAGAAAAGAAGGUAUCUCUUCAAGCAAAGUUGGACUUGGCCAUCAAAGACAAGAGGUAGGGGUACUAGACUGUCAUGUGAAUCAUCUCUCUCUCUGCCUCACACAGGCACUAGAACGUAGUAAGCUGUGAAGCCUGCCUGGUCCCACAAGGCUUACCGUGGGAAGAGCCAGGUGUGGCACUAAGGUCCGUGGCCCUUCCCUUUGCCUUAUACCCCUGUAGGACUCUCUCCUUACCUAGCAACCAAACCCCAACUAGAAAACUUCAAGAAGAAAUGUUCUUUACCCUUGUCUUAUUUUUAAAAUAAUUCUAUUAUGGGAAAAUACAGAUAACAUAAAAUUUACUAUUUUAACCACUUCCAGGGAUACAAUUCAGUGACAUUAAGUCCACUUAUAUUGUUGCAUCACCAUCACUACUCUUCAUCUUCAGGACGAGUUCAUCAUCUGGAACCGGAACUCUUGUACUCCUUAAACAUGAACUCCCCACUAUCUUCUCCGCACAGCCCCUGAAAACCAAUAUGCUACUUUGUGUCUAUGAAUUUGCCUCCUCUAGGUGACUCAUGGAAGUGGAAUCAUGCAUUACUAGUCCUAGUGUGUCUGUUUUAUUUCGCUUAGCGUAAUAUUUUCAAAAUCCAUCCAUGUUGCAGCAGGUAUUAGAAUUUUAUUCCUUUUAAAGGCCAAAUAAUAUUUCACUGUAUGGAUAGGCCAUAUUUUAUUUAUCCAUUCAUCCCCUGAUGUCGGGUUGUUUCCACCUUCUGGCUAUUGUGAGUAAUACUGCUAUGAACAUCGGUGUAUAAUUCUCUUCAAGUCCUUGCUUGCAGUUCCUUUGGGUAUACCCCUAGAUGUGGAAUUGCUGGAUCUUAUGACAAUUACUAUUUAAUUUUUUGAGGAAUUGCCACACUGUUUUUUGUUUUUCUUUUCUUUCUCCGUCUUCUCCUCCUCCCUACCCUCCUCCUCUUU